GUGACUCCAUCUUGAAAUCGUCCCGAACCGAGGAGGAGACGGACUUGGGAAAAUCCAGGUCGUCCUACGCGGAUUAACCGUAGUUUUCGCCGUUAAUUCCGCCAUUAAACGGCGUUUUCGCCCCGUUUAUCGCGUUACUUCGACGGAAGUGGUCGUUUGCGACACUUUUGAGGCCGCCUUUCCCUCCGCCUGGAGCAUUUUUCCCCGGCUGUGUCUCCCCCCCUCCACCACCCCUCCUCACCCCCCCCGCUGGAGCGGCCGGAGCUGGCUGUGGUUGUGGCCGGGCAGCCCCGCCGGACUGUCGGGCGAAGCUCGCGCUUCCACACGGAUUUAAACGACGGAAACCGCGUCAAAGCUCACCGCGUCGGCCACGGGAGGCUGCUUUGACGGAGGGAGCUGACGGAAUACGCGGCUACGUUCAUGAGCUGGCCGCGGAGAAGUUUGACCGAGCGGCGGAGCGCGCCUGCCUGGGAGUCCGAUGGAUGUUAGCCCUGCCCGGCUGUGGCUCGGCUCCCUGCGCCGCUCCUCUCCAGGCUCAGUAAUGCUGCUGCUGACCGCGCAAGUGUACGAAAACACCGGCGCCUCCGGUUCGCCCUCCAUUGCUGCGCUGUAAAAAAAAAAAAAAACUGGAAAACCCUCUCUUGUUUGGAGACUUUUUUUAUUAUUUUUUUUUAGCCUCCAUUUUUUUUUUUUUUUUGAAUAUGCAUAUUUUCCAGAGACGGUUCUCCAUAGGGGAGCAAGACACCCAGUUUUAGGUUGUUUCAGAUAAUUUUUUUUUUGUGUUUUUCUUUUUUUUUUUUUUAUAUAAAACAAUCCUCCUUUGUGGACACAUUCGGAUGGAAAAUGGGAGACGCUACAAAACUGGCCAUCGCCGUUUUCCUCAUCUCCUGCUCUUCAGGUGCCAUUCUGGGACGCUCGGAGACGGAGAAAUGCGUCUUCUACAACUCCAACUGGGAGAAGGACCGAACCAACCGCAGCGGCACGGAGUACUGCUACGGCGAAGCGGGCAAGCGGCGGCACUGCUUCGCCACGUGGAAGAACGUGUCGGGCACCAUUGAGAUCGUCAAGCAGGGCUGCUGGCUGGACGACAUGAACUGCUACGACAGCAACGAGUGCGUGGAGAGGAAGGUGAGCCUUCCCGAGGUCUUCUUCUGCUGCUGCGAAGGCAACAUGUGCAACAAGAGGUUCGCGUACGUCCCCGACACGCAGACGGCCAACGACACCAGCCACUCCACGGCCUACACCACCUCCAACCCGUUCUCCCCGAAGCCGACGCUCUUCAGCACCCUGCUGUACUCCCUGGUUCCCAUCGUGGGCCUGGCCGGCGUCGUCCUCUUCUCCUUCUGGAUGUGGAGGCACCACAAGCUGGCCUACCCCGCCGCGCUCGUCCCCACACACCACGCCUUUCACAUUAUGGUGGAGGAUCCCGGACCGUCGCCUCCUUCCCCGGUCCUGGGCCAGAAACCGCUGCAGCUCAUCGAGCUGAAAGCCAGGGGGCGCUUCGGCUGCGUGUGGAAGGCCCAGCUGCUGAGCGACUACGUGGCCGUGAAGAUCUUCCCCAUCCAGGACAAGCUCUCCUGGCAGAACGAGUACGAGAUCUACAGCGUGUGCGGCAUGAAGCACGACAACAUCCUGCAGUUCAUCGGCGUGGAGAAGAGGAACAACAACCUGGAUCUGGAGCUGUGGCUCAUCACCGCCUACCACGACAAGGGCUCCCUGACGGACUACCUGAAGGCCAACAUCGUGUCCUGGAGCGAGCUGUGCCACAUCGCCCAGACGGCGGCCCGCGGCCUGGCCUACCUGCAUGAGGACAUCCCGGGACACAAGGACGGACACAAGCCGUCGGUGGCGCACCGGGACAUCAAGAGCAAGAACGUGCUGCUGAAGAACAACCUGACCGCCUGCAUCGCCGACUUCGGCCUGGCGCUCAAGUUUGAGGCCGGCAAAUCAGCCGGAGACACGCACGGACAGGUCGGAACCCGCCGCUACAUGGCCCCCGAAGUCCUGGAGGGCGCCAUCAACUUCCAGCGCGACUCCUUCCUGCGGAUCGACAUGUACGCCUUCGGCCUGGUCCUCUGGGAGCUGGCGGCCCGGUGCACCGCCGCGGACGGCCCCGUGGACGAGUACAUGCUGCCAUUCGAGGAGGAGGUGGGCCAGCACCCGUCUCUGGAGGACAUGCAGGAGGUGGUGGUCCACAAGAAGCUGCGGCCCUGCCUGCGGGACUGCUGGCAGAAACACACGGGUCUGGCCAUGCUGUGCGAAACCAUCGAGGACUGCUGGGACCACGAGGCCGAGGCCCGCCUGUCCGCCGGCUGCGUGGAGGAGCGCAUCGGCCAGAUGCAGCGCCAGGCGCCCGCCGUCGGCCCCGAGGAGAUCGUCACCGUGGUCACCAUGGUGACGAACCUUGACCUCCCGCCCAAGGAGUCCAGCUUAUGAUGUGCCGGUCGACCCGGAGGGGGGAAGCAGACGCCCGGCCCUGGUUGGUUGGCCCCCCUGCCUCCCCUGCCCUCCUCCUUUUUUUUUUUUUUUUCUCUCCUCUUAUUGGUUCCUCACCGCAUCGAGUCGAGAUCCACCUCAUUUUGAUACGUGUGCCUGAAGAUUUUAAUGUUUUUUUUUUUUUUUCGGGGUGAGGACGAUGACGCUUCGGGGAGAGAACGAAAAACAUCAUGUAUGUUUUUUUUAUAUAUAUAUAUAUAUAUAUCCACACGCGGAGGAAUUUCGCCGAACUCAGCGCAUUUUUGUGUUUAUAAAGACAAAACAAAAACAUUAAGAGAAUAAAUGUAGAAAAAAAAGAGACGAGCUGGCGGCUCCUGAAGCGUUUGCUGUUCUUCUUCUUCUUCUGCGUUUCCUGUUGAGGACGCAUCAACGGUUCUGCCAACAAAGCAACGGCUUCUGAAUGUUUAUAGUGUAAUGCUGCUGUACAUAGUGAAUCACGGAGGUGGGGGGGAGAAAGGGGGGGGGUCCAUUUUCAAACCAUAAACCUCCUUCAGCCAGCUAUACCUCAGUUCAGGCGGACGCCGUCUUCGCUCACAGUUUGGACCCCUCACGCCCCGCCCCCCCACAACGCCGCCGGCCUGGGCUCGUUGCUAGAUCCAUGAAGUUGAUUUCUUUGUGAUUAGCGUGGAUAUCUGUUGUGUUUUUGUUGUUUUUUUGUUAUUUUUUUUCUCCUGAAAUAAUCUCCAGAAAGUAUUGGACUCCCGCGGCCCCAACGUCUCGCUUCGGGUUCGCUCGCUCGCACCUUUUCGUUGCUCGGUUGUUGUUUUUCGGCGCUCUAUUCGGAGCCUCUGCUCUCUUCUCCACGCACCUCAGGAAUCUUUGCUACUCGCCACACCGAUCUCCGGUUCCCCUCCUCGACGCUUUCCCUUGCCCUAACCCGCGGCGGCAGCGAGCCGAGGCGGGGGGCUCCCUCCUCCAUCCUGGUGCCAUUUCUACCUGUCUGUAUUAGUUACUCUCGUCGAUGUCAGGCCAAACGGAUGUACAAGACGUUUUUUUUUUUGUUUUUUUUUUUUGUUCUUGAGGGGACGUUGAACACUGGUGCCGGCAUAACCUGCAGUCUCUCCUCAAGCUGCGGGGCGGUUUUCCCCCGCGGGGAAAAUAAAAGCUAAAACGGCAGGAGUGAAACAUGAGGAAACUUCUCUCAGAGGUUCAGGGUGGCGCUUCAGAUGGAUCAGGGAGAAAAAGAGCCACACACAGUUUCCACCAACUCGUCGGCGUCAGUUUAAUUUUGGGCUUUUGAGUUAUUUAAAACUUAUUCGCUAAAACGGGAACAAAAUGAACCUUUUUGACCAAUCGGUCUGCAUGAUUUGAAUCAAAGUGCCUUGAGAUGACGCUAAAUAAAUAGAAAAAUACACCCUGGCUAACAUUUAGGCAGAGGUUUGUCUGCUCCGUUUGGCUCUUAAUUGGUUGGUUAUAUAUACACAUAUAUGUUUUUCAACUAUAUAAUAUUAACAA